GGGACCCGCGCUGCCGAUUCGCCCCGCGGCGCCCCGGCCGGCACCCCCGGCCGCCCCGCUGCCCGCCGGCGGGGAGGGCGAGGAUGUCCGGCAGCACGGCCAGGAAGGUGCAGCCCUUCACCAUCAGCACCAAGCUCUCGCUGCCCAAGUGUGCCCCCGACUUCCCCGGGGACACCUGCCCCGGCGUCGCCCUCGCCUCCGCUCUGGACGGCCACCGGGGCCUCCGCCGCAGCCUCAACGAGCGCAUCUCCCUCUACCUGGCCCAAGCCCGGGCCGGCCCCGCCGCCCCCGAGGGUCUGCCCCGCAGCCCCAGCCCCGGCGAGGACGGAGGGACCGACGAGGAGCGGCUGAACCGCAACUCCCUCGCCCGCUCCAUUAAGAAGAUCACGCUGUCCAACUGGCAUGGGGAGGGGGACGCGGGGGGACCCGAGGACCCUGCCCGGACCGGCAGCGAGAGGAACCACAAUAACAACAACAGCAGGCCAGGGAAAGCCCAUUUCAAGGUCUUCCUCAGGAAGGACGUGGAUGUGGAGAACGAUCAGCAGGAGGCCAGGAGUCCCCGGGCCGGUGGUUUCUGCUCUCCCGUGGACAGAGGUUCCCCCUUCUGUGCGCUGGCAGGACCCCCGGCAUCGUCACCCCGGAAAGAAAGCCCCAGAAGCAAGGAGCCUGUGGCAACACCGAGAUGCAGUGGGCGAAAUGGCACGGGAGUGGCCCCCUUCCUCGACCCCAGCCCUCUGGUAGCCCAGUUCAACCGGGAGAUGCUGCAGGCCGAGGGCUGGGUGCGAGGCAAGCUGCGGGACAUGAAGGACGGCUGUGACCUCCAGGACUGGGAGGAGGUGGCUCAGACCCUGCAGCGGGACAUGAAGGAUUUCGAGAACACGCUGAUAAAGCUCAACCAGAUGGGCGAGCAGCUGAUGUGGCAGGCAAGCCCCAGUGCCGAGGGGGUACGGAGGCAGCUGCUGGCCCUGCGGGACCAGUGGCAGCUCCUGAAGCAGACGGCCGCCAGCCAGAGCAAAGCCCUGGGGGGACUGAGGAGCCUGCAGGACUUCAACAGGAAAGCUGAACGGCUGGAGACAUGGAUCAGGCACAAGGAGGAGAAGCCCUCCCUGGCAGCCCUCCUUCAGGAAAGCCCAGACAAGAUCCAGCUCACCCGUCGCAUCCUUGACUUGAAGCAGGAGGAGCAGCAGUUCCAGAGUUUGCAUGAGGAGCUGAACAGUCUGGCCCAGAAGCUGGAGAAGCAAGGCAAAAGUGAGAGCAGGAGCAUCUCGGCCCGGCGCAAGCACCUCAACAAAACGUGGCUGCGGCUGCAGGGGACCCUGAAGGAGCAUCAUGAGGUGCUGCAGCUGGCCCUGGAGGUGGCCGCCUUCCUCCAGCAAGCAGAUACCCUGCUCGGGGCCAUCCACGCCAAGCAGAGGAGCGUCUACGGUGUGGGGAAGCCAGGGGAGGGUGAGCCAUGCCGGGAUCGGGAUGUCAGGGACAUAGCCAGCCAGGUGAUGAUGCUGGAUGUGACUGUGUCCCAGCUCCUCAGCCUGCAGCCCAGCCUGGCAGCCCGAGUCACCCCCAAGCACCGAGAUGUCAAGGAGAGCUGGGCACAGCUCCAGCAAGCACUGAGGACAGAGAAGGCUCCGGUGCUGAUGAGCAGCUCCCCAAGGGGUGAAGCUGCUGAGCCCCGAGGAGAUGAUAGCAGCCGUGGGGCCAUGGGGAAGGAAGCAGGAGACAAACAGACCAGAGGCUCUGGGAGCAUGGUGCUGAAGGACAUGCUGGGGAAGACAGCAGAGCAUACGAGAGUGGAAGAGAGCAGCCCUGGCUUUCCAGCAACGGGGCAGCCCCCUCAUGGAGGGGACAUCAAAAGGAGGAGGAGAGAGGCAGAGGCUGAAUGGGGGACACAGCAGCCAGAGGCCCAGGUGCAGGACGCCUGCCAGGUGGUGAACGUGGAGGAGCCGGCGCCAGGGGUGCACCCGGGAAGCCCGCAGGUGGAGGCCAUGCUGCGGGAGCUGGGCGAGCUGUGGGAGGACCUGCAGAGGAAGCACCAGGAGAACGGCGCCGUGCUGCGGGAAAUUGAUAAGGCACUGAGGCUGGUGGGGGAGCUGGACCGGGCUGAGCGGUGGCUGCAGUCUGUGGCUGGGUCACUCUCGGAGCCGGCCACCAUGAGAAGCCCAGCAGAGCUGCGCCAGGACCUGGAAGAGACAGGCCAGCUGGAGAGACAGCUCCUGCUGUGCGGCCUCAAGCUCCAGGCACUGCGGGAGGAGGCGGCAAGUGAGCCGCCCGACAAGCACGAUGGGGCGAGGAAGAUGCAGAGGAAGGUGGAGAUGGUGGAGGAGAAGUUGGCAGGCGUGCAGGUAGCCCUGCGGCGCCGGGCGGCAGACCUGCGUGACUCCCUGGUGCUGUCUGAGUUCCUGCAGGACCUGCAAGAGGAGGAGGCACGGAGCAGGCAGGGACCUGCAGCGCCAGGGAGCGGGCGUUGUGGCUCACAGGGGUCUUUUCCCCUGCUCUCGGGCACGGCUGGGCAGCCGCCAAGCAGCAAGGACAUGAGCCACUCAUUGGGAGAGCUGCAGGAGGCUGUGGAGAUGCUGAACGAUGCAGCGAAGGAGCGGGAGCGGGUCAUGGAGGUGGCAGCAGAGACGGAGAGCCUGGAGCGCCUGGUGGCAGAUGUGUCCCCGCGCCUGGAGGCCUUUCGGUGCAGAGCUGAGGCGCUGGCUCAUGACACUGCCCAAGCAGAGGGUGGCUUCACCGCCGUGAAGAGCGAGAAGGACCUCCAGGGGCUGCAGGGCUUGCUGAGCCAGCAGCAGGAGAUGGAGCGUGCGGUGUCGGAGACCCUGCAGGGGCAGCUGGAGGAGCUGGAGAGGGCAGCUGCCCGCUUGCAAGAGCUCUGCCCUUCUCGGCUGUGCCCCAUCAGCCGGGAGGUGGAGGGGACGCUGCGGGCCUGGGCAGAGCUGCAGGAGCUGCUGCGGGAGAACCGGGCCCACGUGCAGCAGGCCAGCCGGCUGCGGAACUUCUUCAAGGAUUACUUAGCCAUGAUCUCCUGGACAGAGGACACACGGGCUCAGAUCUUCUCCGAAAACCCAGGUGGCCACGGCCUUACAGAAGCUCCAUGUGAGGAGCUGGAGAGGAGGAUUGAAGGGAAGCUUAAGGAGUUUGAGGCACUGGCAGCAGUGGGGGAGCAACUGGUGUCUGAAGAGCACUACCUGAGUGCAACGAUAAAGGAGCGCCUGGAGGAGCUGCAGAGCAUGCUGGGCUGGGUGCUGGUGCGCUGGCGAGCACAGAGGCACCAGCGGGACACAGGGAGCAAGCAGGAGGACAGACGGGACCCGGAGAGCCCCUCAGGCACAUCCCCUACUGGCCAAGAGCAGCGUGCCUCGUGUGCUCAGCCCCGGCUGGAGAGCGUCCACAGCCCAGUGGGGUUCAUGCCCUGCUCUCUCCACAAGCUCCUGCAAGGAUCAGAGCCACAGGUGCCAUCGGCAAUGGCCAUCUCCCCACCGGCAUCGCCCCUCUCAGAUGCCCCAUCGGGAGCGGAGCAGAGCUGGGGGGAGCCCAGGAGCUCAACACCCUGUGGUGUGGAACCGCCUGAGGAGGCUGUUGUCUGGGAUCCUGCUGAGACCUCCACGCUGCUGCUGCCACCACGGGGCCCCAGCGGGCUGGGGGGGACGGUCAACCUCAUCUUCAGCAUCGGCAAGAAGGGCGAGAAGAAGAAGGUGCAGCCAGUGGCCAGUGGCGAGUGGCCAGGGGAGGAGGCGCUGCGGACGCUCCCUGCCACUAAACCCUCAGGCUGUAAAACCUUUUGGAAGCGUUGCCAGGGGCUUUUAGGAAACACUUGGGGUAGUUUAAAGCGAAAGAGAAAGCCCCCUCGCCAGCUGGUGGAAGAGGCGCAGGUGGAGACCAGGAAAACCUCCGACACGAAGCGGCCACCCGUGGCUGUCCGCCGCCCUCCAGCAUCCAGCGCCGGGACACCAUCCUCCUCCCACACCCUGCCCAAGGCCGGGGCCGGCUCCCUCUUCAACAGCCUGCAGCGGCGGGAGCGGGCACGGGCCGAGCAAGCCCGGCUGCUGACCCUGCAGGGCAUCAUGGGCGCCAGCUCCCUGCAGCCUGCACCCGAGGAGCACCACGGCCCCAGCAACACAUGGCCUCAGAAGUGUGGCCGGAGGAAGGGGGGGCCGGGGGCGGCCACCACCGCUGGACCCCAACUCGGGGAGCUGCUGCUCUACGUCAGGAACCCACUGGUGCGGGACAUCGAUGCUGAGUGCGGGGUGGCCACCAGGGAUGCCCGCAGACCUGAUCCAAAAACGACAUGCCCCCACCUGUCCCUGGGCUCCGUGUUUAGCCUGGAGCUGCCCCGGGACGUGGCCGUCUUGGCUUGCCACCAAGGGGCCAUGGGACUGCGGGAGGAGGCAGAAGGGCAGGAGCAGAGGCAGGGAAGGAGGGUGAGGCCAUGGGAGCCCACAGACACACAUGGGGCCAGAUGGCAGGAGGAGGCAGAUAUAGGUGAGCACAGUCCCCAGGCGCCCAGCGAAGGGCUGGGGAUGUCCCCCAAGAGCGAGCGAGGAACGUGGUUUGAGGAGGUGAGCUUCAACCCCAGCUACAGCCGCCAAAGGGCACACCAUGCUGGGGAGGAGCGCCGGAGCCCACAGUGUCCUGGCAGUGCUGGUGAAGACCUCCUGGACUUCAGGCCAAGCCAGCCGUGCCGUGUUGGCAUGCUGCAUGAGCGGGUGGGCAGGGAGGGGGACAAGCUGGCCACCCAGGAAGGCAGUCCCAGCACCGCUGGCAGGGCCAGGCAUCAUGAAGCUACUCGGCUGGAGCUCAGGCCAUCCCCCACCAGCAUCCCAGGCAGGGCAGGGGCCAUCCCAGGCACUGCCAGCACACAGCAGCCAGCUGGCAGCGGCCAGCCUGGAGAGUCCCCGACUUCCCCUGCCGCCCCCACCCAGCUCUCUGUCUUUGAGUGGGCACUGGGGUCACCGCAGCCCCCCAGCCCUGUGCCAGCCACUGGGGAGGUUUGCCACCCUGCCCAUGGGCAGUUUGAGGAAGAGGAGGAGGAGCUGCAGGCCAUCUGGGAUGGGGCAAGCAAGCAGCAGGCACAUAGCCCACCGGCAGGCAGCCAUGCCCACCACCAACCAGAGAGCAGGGCAGGCAGCCUGGCCAGCCCGGACGCCACCGCCAGCGGGCCCCUCAUCCUCUCAGCAGCAAACAACGUGCUGGUGGCCAAGUUCACCCUUCCCACCGCUGCCCGGCUCCUCCACAGCCCGGCAGGAGAGAAGAGCCCCGGUGUGGGGCACAGUGGCAGUGGCAGCCCCAGCGGGCACGGGGUGUCCCCCCGCACGGAGGAGCUGGUGUCCACAGCCCCCUUGGACAGCCCGGGCGCCUGGGAUCGGCAGAGGCGCGGGGAAGAGGAGAGAGAGGGUGGAAAGGUCCCUCCCAGUAAAACGGAGUUUCAGAUGAUGGAGGGGACGCUGGAAAGGAAGCACGUGUUGCAGACAGGAGGGAGGAAGGCCAACUGCCGGGCCUGGGGCCUCUUCCACGCCGUGCUAAUGAGGCAGACAUUGUGCUUCUACCAGGACCGAAGGGACAGCCUCAAGAGCUCUGUGGUGGCCCUUCCCCUGAACCUCUCCGGGGCGGUCUGCACCCCAGAUGCCGAGUACACCAAGAAGACCAACUGCUUCAGGCUUCAGCUGCGGGAUGGCUCCGAGUACCUCCUGAGGGCCCCCUCCCAGCCCCUCAUGAACGAGUGGGUCUCCAAGCUGCAGCAAAACUCAGGUUUCCCCGAAGUGGAUUACUUCCAGGCGGCGACACAGCGUGUCGAGGGCACUGGCGGUGCUGGGGGUUUCAGCAAGGUCCCCAGCCCUGGAAGCUCCCACCUCCAGGGACAUCAUCAGGUCAUGACCGCCAAGAGCCAGGAGGUCGUGGUGCUACCCCGCUCAAACGCCCGGCUGCAGUGUCCUCUGGGCAGUCAGGAUGGCCCAGACGAUGGGGCUGUGGCAGCAGCAGAGGAUGUUCGUGGAUCUGGGCAGAGGGAGCAGCAGUGGUCUCCCAGGGGGUCCCCCGGGCUGUGGGACAACAGCUGCCAAGAAGAUGACUACGGGUUGGUGGCCAACAAGAGGAGGUCCUAUUCCUUCACCUCAGCUACCUACCAGAAGAUCACCCCCGUGGCUGUGCCCAAGGAGCCGGUGGAGGCUGGGAGCAGCUACUCAGUCACGCUGUACAUCGGGGAGCAGGCGGCGGCCGUGCCACGGGCACGAUGCCACUCCUUCGUGGCCCGGCCAGGGACCCCACGGGACACGCUGGGGGAGAAGACCCCCGGCCCUCCUCGCCCCAAGAACAAAUCCGUCUUCAAGAAGUUCUUUGGGAAGAAGGAGUGAGACCCAGCUGAGAGGGCAGAAAAGCCCCAGCCUGCCCUCUUACCCUCCACUGGGGUGCCAUCCUGGCCCAGUCUCCAGCACCAGCUCACCACUCGCCGCCUCCCCCGGGGGAGAGAGGCUCCGCUCCUGCCGGCCCCGGGGGCUGCACCGUGCCCCAGCCACCACUGCCCCCGCCUCAGCCCGGCGCUGAGCACCCCUCCUGCCCCCCACCGCGGGUGCUCGCCCUGGGUGCUGCCAGCUCCCCGGGCGCCUCGCUGACGCGCAGCGCAAGCAGGGGGUGGGGAGGGCGGUUGUUUUUAUUAAAAAAAACAAACAGCC